AUGAUGCUCUUCGUGUCCCACGCGAAAGGAGGAAAUGGAAGAAUUACUGACGCCCACUCGACCAGUUCGAAGAUCAACGAGAGUCAAGGUAAUCAAGGUGAUCAAGGUGGAAAACUGUUGAAUGGUCAAAGCCUAGUUCUUGGGCAACUCUCGUGUUGUUUUAAGUGGAUCAUCUUUGAAGAUUGCCUUCAGCAGGUGGUCGUCAAAUUCAGAAGAGCGGCUGCGACCUUCCUUAUUUUCAAGGCCCAUAUCGCCACAACAAAACCUUUGGAACCAACGCGGUAUCAUGGAUUCGGUGGUGCUUCCCUCACCCCAAACAGCGUUGAUAUUCCGAGCUGUCUCCGCUGCAGACCUGCCCAGCUUGAACUCGUAGAAGAAGAAUUUGUGAAAAUCUUGACUGGACGUAUUAUCUUCUUAGUCUUGGUACUGACCAAACUCUGA